CGUAGUCAACGGUCGUCACCAAAACACUAGGAAUACGGCCUGAAGUCAGCUUUCAAAAAUUGUCGCUUUCCAUGCAGUUGUCACCCAGUGAAUAUGAGAUUAACCCAGUGAAUCAGUCAGAGCUGACGGAUUCUACAGAGAUGCAGGGAAGGUGUUUGGUGAAAUGUCAGCUGGGUGGACCACCAAUAUUUCAUGUGGUUCUAUUGAAAUUAAAAUUUUCGUUGACUCCUAAUCGUGUUUCGUAGAAUGUCAAUGGAAAUUACAUAUGGCGACUUGGUCUACCGCUACCUCGGAUAUAAAUUGGAAUGAACAGGCUGGCAGCAACCUGUUUAUCAAACUAAGGUCGUUAAGGCUUUAAGGAAAGUUGAAGAUGAAGAUGAAGAUGCACGGGGUCAUCUUAUUCCUUCUCUUCUGUGAAUUUCAUGGUCAACCAUAUCCUGAUGCAUCUCAGGACAGUCACCAAGAAACGAAAACCAUAAAGAUUGGUCUCAUUCUGGACUCGAAAUCAUGGUUGGGGAAGGUUGUUAACAGCUGCAUGUCAAUGGCAAUUUCAGACUUUUACACGCUCAAUGGACAGUAUAAAACAAGGAUUGCUCUUGAAACAAGAGAUUUGAGAGGAGAACCGCUGAAUUUUUUAGCUGCUGCUUUUGACCUUCUGGAAAAUGCUGAAACGCAUGCGAUCAUAGUCCCAGAAAUGUCAAGUGAACAGGCCUUCUUGGCGACACUGUGUGACAAAGCUAAUGUGCUAUUGCUUUCAUUUUCUUCAACAUCAUCAUUCAAUGAACAUCCUUAUUCGUUGCAAGUUGCACAAGAUGAGACCACUCAAUUCAACGGUGUUGCUGCCUUUUUAGGAGUAUUCCAAUGGAGGACUGUUGUACUUAUCUACGAGGACACCGCAGAUACCAGACAAAUUCUAUCUCAUCUACAUGACACCUUUCGUGAUAAUGAUGUGGAUGCUGUAAAUGAUAUCGCCAUUACUCCGAGGGCUACAGAUGAAGAAAUUAUCAAAAAACUUCAUAAUCUCAGAUCUAUGAGAACAUCAAUAAUUAUUGUACAUACAUCAGUUUCUCUUGCAUCUCAAAUUUUUAGAAAUGCAAAAACGUUGGAAAUGAUGAGUGGAAACUUUGGUUGGAUAGUGACUAGCAAAACCAUGAACUUAUUGGAGUUCCAAGAUCCUGCAGUAUUUGAGACAAUUCAAGGAGUAGUUGGUCUCAAAUCUUAUAUUCCUGCAUCAAGCAAGCUCCGGGAUUUCACUUUGAGAUGGAGACGGGAAUUUCAGCUUAGUCAGAUUGAUAUGGAAAUUAGGGGAUUGAAUGUGUUUGGCAUAUGGGCAUAUGAUGCAAUAUGGGCAUUAGCAGAGGCAAUUGAGAGGGAAAGAAUACAUAUUUUUCCAAAUAGGGGAGAAGACUUGGGACUGAACCUAACAGGCCUAGCUCCCAUAAGAGUUUCUAAAGUUGGUUCAGCCCUUCUGAGCAACUUUCGAAGUAUUCAAUUUACAGGGUUAGGGGGUGAAUUUCAGCUUGUGAAUGCAAAAUUAGUCCAUGAGACUUAUGAAAUAGUAAAUAUGAUAGGAAAUGUGGGAAAAAGAGUAGGUUUCUGGACACCGGCUUGUGGACUCACCAAGGAAAUAUAUCCAUCCACCAACAAUUGUUCCUCUAGCAGCUUGGAAACUAUUAUUUGGCCAGGUUUCUGCAAAACUGCUCCAAAAGGUUGGUUAGUUCAAAUGGAUGGUAGACCUUUUAAAGUUGGAAUUCCAAUGAACUCGAGGUUCCAUGAAUUGAUAAGCUGGCAGCAUGAUCAACAAACAAAGGAAAUAAAAUUCACUGGAUUCUGUGUAGAUGUGUUUGAUAUGGCAAUUCAGAGAUUGAACAGAGCCAUAGUUUAUGAAUUUAUUCCCUUCUACAAUCACAACGGAAGUUAUAGUGAUCUCAUAAACCAGGUCUCUCAGCAGACAUUUGAUGCUGCUGUAGGGGACAUAACUAUUACUUCGAACAGGUCUCAGUAUGUUGACUUCUCGUUGCCAUACACUGAGUUAGGUGUUGGAAUGGUAGCACGAUUAGACAAUAAAGACCCAUGGUUCUUCUUAAAGCCACUUAGUGUGAACCUAUGGAUAAUGAGUGCUGGUUUCUUCAUUCUGACGGGAAUUAUUGUCUGGUUUAUUGAACACCCUACCAAUGAAGAAUUCCAAGGUUCUCUAGCAUGGCAAAUUGGGACAAUACUUUGGUUUGCGGCAUCAACUCUUGUUUAUGCUCAAAGAGAAAGAUUACAAAGUAAUCUAUCAAGAUUUGUCGUGGGGUGUUGGUUUUUCGUAGUACUUAUACUGACAUCAAGUUAUAUCGCAAACUUGAGUUCACUUUUGACAGUUCAACGGAUAAAACUGACAAAAAACGAUUACAUAGGGUACUCAGCAAACUCUUUUGUAAAGGGACUUGUCAGCAACCUGAAUUUUCAGGAUAACAGACUUAAGCCUUUUAACUCACCUGAGGAAUAUGAUCAGGCUUUGAAAAAUGGAAGUGAAAAAGGCGGCGUUAGUGCUAUUAUUGAAGAAAUUCCUUACCUUAAAAUAUUCCUGGCGAGGUACCCACAUGAUGAUUAUGCCAUAAUUGACUCCUCAGAGAAAAGUAAUGGCUUUGCUUUUGUUUUUCCAAAAGGUUCACCGUUGGUCCAUGAAAUGUCAAGACAAAUUGCGAUGCUCAGAGAAGAUGAAGUCCUGCAGGCGUUGGAGAAUAAAUGGUUUACAAGCCAAUCUUCAUUAUCUUCUAUAGACACAAAGCUUCCUACGACCAAUACUCUGGAGGUUACUAAUUUCUCUCGUCUAUUUCUUGUUAAUGCAGCCUGUGAAGCUGUGGCCCUUCUUCUUUUUUUCGUCUUUGUACUCUGUGAUAAAAUGUCCAUCAAAUACUAUAUUAUCAGAAUGUUGGCAGGGAGAAAACUGGUAUCCAUAUUUAGGUACCUAUAUACAGCCAAUACAAUUGGUACGACAACUACCAGAUAAUGAGUUAUAUGUAAUGAUAUUUUCUGUACUAUAGCCACAGUUUACAGUUAAUUAUAACAAAGUUUGUGAUGAUUUGGCUUCUAA